AUGUUCCGGCCCCGCGACGACUUCCCCACGCUGCGUGUCACGUCGCUCUCGCUCGACGCCGACGACAGCGACCUCCGGAAUCUGUUCGAGCCGUUUGCGUCGCGUGGCCGCCUGGCGCGCGCCAAUGUCGUCAGGGAUCGCGAGACGAGGGAGAGCAAGGGCUUCGGCUUUGUCUCGUUUGAGAACAAGGCCGAUGCCGAGCUCGCGCUCCAGAAGAUGAACGGCUACGGUUACGACUCGCUCAUCCUCAACGUCUCGUGGAGCCAGCCCCGCGAGCCCCGUCCUUAA